AUGCAGUUCAAGGCCAUCGUCCUCUCCACCGUCUUCGGCCUGGUUGCCGCCCAGUCUUCUGACGUCGCCUCCCUCGUCACCGAGCUGCCGUCCUGCAGUCUGACCUGUCUGCUCGCCGGAGCCAGCGCCGCUGACUGCGAGUCCACGGACUAUGCGUGCCAGUGUGGCAAUCAGGAUAUCAUUGUCACCAACGCCACCGCUUGCCUGACGAGCUCCUGCAACACCAACGAUAUUGCCAAGACCCAGACUGUCUCGCAGCAGAUCUGCGACGCCGUCACUGGUGGAAACAGCAGCACUUCCGCCUCGGCUUCUGGCAGCAGCGCCUCAGCCACUGGUUCGAGCAGCUCUUCGUCUGCCUCUGCCUCUUCUACCGGCACCUCAAGUGCCGGCUCCCACCCUGAGCUUUACGGCCUCGGCAUGGCUGCUAUUGCCGGUAUCGCUGGUCUCAUGGUUCUGUAA